ACUGUGUCUCAUCAAAACCAUAUUUGUUUCGAUCUCUUGAAUUUUGAAAAUAUUUUUAUCGUUUCGGUUGCACAAAAAAAACAACAUAAUUUUUUAUUACGUUUGACCAUUUCAUAGACUUCAAUAAGAAUAACGACGAUCUCUGAAAUAAAUUUACAGAGUAAACUAACAGUGUGAACAGAUAUAACCGUGAUAGCUUUUGUAUAAUCUGUUGUUUGUAAAUUAAGUAGAAAUCUCUAUGUUUUAUUGUGAAUUUUGACGCAUUCCAAACGAGAAAAAAGAACAAAAAAAAAAUGAGGGCAUUCACAGAAGCACGAGUCUCAUGCAAUCAAUUAAACAAAUAAUACGCUUAUUCACAAACUACGGAUAUUUUGUUUGCAAUAUAUAUUAAUUUAAAUAAAAAAACGAGCUCCGAACUGAAGAAAUUUUGUUGUUGUUGAAAAAACACUUUUUGAAGUGAGCAAAUUAAAAACUAAAUAUUGUGUUUAGUCUCUCGUAUUUUGCGUAUGCAAUUUGUGAAUUUGUUAUUAAAAAUUGAACUGAACGAAAAAAAAAUUAUAGUUAUUAAAACUAAGAAAAUAUUAUGGCACCAACAAAGUCACAGUCGACACUCAUAACGAGUAAAGGAGUUACCAAAUCGAUAGUAUCGUUGUCACGUCGUGCAAUUUCAUCACGUACGCAACAGCAAAAAGUGCUUGUUGAUGGUUCACAAAAUGGUUUGCCGGUUGGUAAACGAAAGGCGGAUGUAAGUCCUGGCCGAAAUGAGAAAGGUAUAAAGCGUUCCGCUUUGGGAAAUGUCACCAAUGCAGUACUAAAUGCUUUUGAAGACAGUAAAAAACUUACUCGAUCGAAAACUGAUGCCAAAAAAACCACAACAACAACGACGACGACAUUGCCAAGUCUGCCACAUAGCAAAACAAAUGAAAAUCAAGAAUUCACUGCACCAAAUGCCGUUCCUCGAGCACAUAAAGUUGCAACACGAGCAUCAACCCGAGCCAAUGAAUCGACAAAGGUCAGUGAUGCAGUUGCCGGACUGAAAAAAGUGAACAUAUCGGCUGCAUGUAUUAAAGGGAAAAAGACUAAGACUGAAACCAUUGUCAAUAAUAAUAAUACAAAAGCCGAUAGUCAGUCGCCAUCUAGUGGACGGGACAACGAUAGCAACAAAAUCGAUGCAAAGGCAAAUAUACGUCGUUUAUCAAAUGAAUUCGAAGCCUUGGACAAUGAAGAAAGUCACUAUAUGUCAGCGCUCGAAGAUCUGACAACUUCCUCGAUGCGUUUGUCGGUUGGUGAUCUUCGGCGAAAAUCAAUCACCAGCGAUGAGGCAAUCGGUUCAACUGAAACACUGAGCACAAUUGCUGAAGCUACAGAUAUAACAGGAGCUUCAACACAAUUCGAAGCAACGCUUAAAGACGAAGUAUCAAAAGCCACCAGUUGGCCGUUACCGGUGCCCGAUGGAGUCAUUGAUUUUGAUCGUGAAAAUUGGGACGAUCCAAUACAAGUAUCCGAAUAUGCAAUGGAUAUUUUUGAAUAUUUAAAGAAACGCGAAGAAACAUUCAAAAUUGAUGCGUAUCUUGGGCGGCAGCCACAUCUUACAAACUGGAUGCGCACCCUGCUUGUUGACUGGAUGGUUGAGGUUCAAGAGACAUUUGAAUUGAACCAUGAAACAUUGUAUUUGGCCGUUAAAAUUGUUGAUAUUUACCUUAGCAAGGUGCAAAUUGAAAAGGAAAAAUUGCAAUUGAUUGGAGCUGCUGCUCUCUUCAUGUCUUGUAAAUACGAUGAACGUACCCCACCAUUGAUUGAGGACUUUUUGUACAUUUGUGAUGGUGCUUAUAAGCAAAACGAAUUAGUUUCCAUGGAAAUGGAUGCAUUCCGUACAAUUGGUUAUGAUUUGGGCAUUCCAUUGUCAUACAGAUUCCUUCGCAGAUAUGCUCGGUGUGGCAUGGUCACGAUGCCGGAAUUAACACUUGCUCGAUUCAUUCUUGAAUUUUCUCUCAUGAGCUAUGAUUUGAUAACGUUAAGUGAUUCUAAAAUCGCUGCAGCCUGUUUAUACAUGGCUCUUCGCAUGAACAAUAAGACUGGUUGGAAUAAAACAUUAGAAUAUUUCUCAGGCUACAAAUUAAGUGACUUUCAAUCGAUAAUACCUCUCUUAAAUGGGCCGUUACACCAAAAGCAACGCGAUGCAAACAAAACCAUUCGAAAUAAGUAUACACAUAAAGUGUUCUAUGAAGUGUCCAAAGUGCCGCUAAUGACAAACGAGCAACUGCUUGAAUCCAUCGAAUCGAUCGAAACACUAUAAGCGCAUCCGCCAACCCUUUUUAUGAGAUACAAUAUUUUUCCGAAUACAAAUGACGAUUAAGGGCAUAGCAUUGGUUUCCAUUUUAAUUAAAACUAACAAAUAGACAGAGUACAGUAAUUUCCAGUGAAGCACGAGCUUUGUUACCAUUCACCAUAAAAUGGAAUGUUAAAAAAAUCAAAUCCAAUUCAAAGAUGUUAUCAUAUAAAAUGGAUUGAUGCGCUUAACAAAUCUCGGUUUUCUUCUCACACAGACCGUACAAUUUUUCAUUUAGUUUCAAAAUUACAAUGCUCAUGUUUCGAAAUUUUAUGAUUUGCCGCAUGUGAACAAAGAGCUCACUUUUAGAUUAUUAUUAUUUUUUUUUUUAUUUGUUGUUUGUAUGUAAGAGGAGCUCGUCUUUCGCACAUUAUUCGAGUUCAACAAAAUUGAAGGAAGAUAAGAAUAGUGGACAAUAGCAUAUUUAAGAUUUUUUUUUAAUCCGAAUGAAGAAUGUUCGUUUUGUGUCGUAUAGGAUUUUAUAGGAUUUUAUUUAUAGACUGAUGAGGAUGAUUUAGAAAGUAGUAACGAAAUUGCAUCGAACAAAACAACAAAUUUCUGUUAGAAAAAUGAACGAAGUACAAUUGCACACUACAAUCAAACGGUGUACAAAUUAAUUUUAAUUGUUUUUGCACAAAGAAAAAAUGAAAAUAAUAGAAAACCACAAUAAAAUACUCGAAACAAGUACCAAUUUCAAAUGAUCAAACAUUUCAAACAUGUAUCAUAAAUAGUUAAACUACCGUAUUCAAUAACUCCUUUUUAAAUGUUAUGUACGUUUAUUUGGUCUCAAAAGAUUGAGCACAAAGCCAGCGACCAUCUGCAAAAGUAUUAAAAUCUUUUAAAAAUAAACAACAUAUUCCCGAUUUGAA